AUGUGGCGAAAAAUCCAAACCGCAAUGCAGCAUGACAGCACCCUUGUUGGCUUUUACAACGAACAGUUUCUAGCGAGACAGCGCGAAGAUCCAAACCUCACAUAUGACCAGUGGCUGGACAUCAAAGUGCGGGAGGAGAUUGAAACGAAGAAAUUUGAAGAGGCCGGUGGAGCCUACGGUCUGGAUGUUGCUGCGCCUUUCCAGAUCCGUGUCGAAGGUAACAUUGCCCAAAAAGUCGCCUUCAAAGAUUGAAG